AUGGCUUCUCCCCGCCCCAACUUCGGUCCUCAAGGAUAUCCUCUGCAGAACGGUGCGGCCGCGGGCCCCGUCCCCGGUGCCACGCCGCUUCUUCCUAACAAUGGCCGAGUGAUUCAGAAUGGACCUACUCGAAUUCUAUGCAUUGCGGAUGUGCGAGGAAACCUGAAGUCUCUGAAUGAGCUGGCCAAGCAAGCCCGCGCAGACCACAUCAUCCACACUGGUGACUUUGGCUUCUACGACGACACUUCUCUCGAGCGAAUUGCGGAUAAGACUCUUAAGCACGUCGCACAAUACUCGCCACUGCUUCCCGAGAAUGUGAAGCGCUCCAUCGCACAAGUCCCUCCCCAGCAAUCCAUUAAGCAACGCUUCGCUCCCGAGCAACUGCCCCUCUCCGAACUUUCUAUGCUACUUGACAAGCGCAUUACUCUUGAUGUUCCGGUUUACACAGUCUGGGGUGCCUGCGAAGAUGUCCGCGUGUUAGAGAAGUUCCGCUCCGGAGAGUACAAGGUGGACAAGCUGCACAUUAUCGACGAAGCCAACUCACGUCUUCUCGAUAUCGGUGGGGUUAAACUGCGUUUGCUGGGUCUUGGAGGUGCUGUGGUGAUGCACAAGCUAUUCGAUAAUGGUGAAGGAAAGACGACGAUCGCCGGUGGCCAGGGUACCAUGUGGACGACUCUCCUGCAGAUGGGCGAGCUGAUCGAUACCGCCAAUCGGGUUUAUGACCCCUCCGAAACCCGCGUCUUCGUCACCCAUGCAUCUCCCGCGCGUGAGGGUAUGCUGAACCAGCUCUCAGUCACAUUGAAGGCUGAUUUCUCGGUCUCUGCGGGUCUCCACUUCCGUUACGGCUCUUCAUACAACGAGUUCUCCGUCAACCCAUCUCUUGACCACUACCGUGGCAAGCUUGCUGCCUCUAAGGCUUCCUUCACUGAUGUGUGGGAGACUGUUCGUGGCGAGGUCGAGUCUGCCAUCUCUUCUAAUGAUGGACAAAAGACAUUGUUGGAAAAUGCGUUGGAUGUUGUGACCAAGAUGCCUUCCAUCGCCAAUGGUGGAAACCCCUUCGGUGGCCCCGUUGCCGCCGGCAACGCGGCCGGUCAGGUCGACGAAAGUGCUUUCAAGAACAUGUGGAACUUCAACCUGGCUGACGCUGCUUUCGGAUAUCUGGUCUUGGAGGUGGAGGGUGGCCGCAUUGCAACAGAGAUGCGGGCUCAGGGAUUCAACUUUGCCCACCGCACGGGCAAGCCCCAGCCAGGUGGUGCCCCUCAGCCUGUGUCCAGCGGUCUUCCAGCUACCACUGCUUCUCCUGCUCCUACUGGUGCUGCUCGUCCCCCCGUCGUGGCUCCUCAAUUUGGUCAAGCUCCACCUGCCCGCGCCCCCAUCCCCCAGGGUCAAAAGGGACCCCGCGCAUCGCCUAUUCCCGUCAUCCCAAAGUCCGCUAGCCCGGCGCUUCCUGCUACUGCUGCCGGUCCACCCGCCGGUGAAGAAAAGGUUGCCGCCGAUACCAACGGUACUGGUCCGCACGAGAAGACCGAAUCUCCUGCUCCUCGUGAGAAGAAGCCAAGCACUGCUUUCUUCGUCUCUAACGCCGAUAACGAGCAAUCCAUCCGCGAUAUUCUUACGGAAGAGGACAACUCCAAGGUCCUGAAGAUCGAUAAGUACGGAAAGUACAAUCACAUUGUGACCUUCGCUUCUAUUGAGGAUGCUAAGGGUGCUAUGGAUCGUUUGCCCGCCGAGAACAAGAAGGCUGCCAUUCCCGGCCAACCCCGCAAGACCAACUUCAAGUACUUCGAAGAGCGUACCAACACUAACCGUGGAGUUGGUAACGCUGGCACCUGGCAAGCUAGCACCCGCGGUGGUGGCAAUACCGGCCAGCGCGGAUACACCAGCGCCAGUGACAGCGAAGGCGCUCGUCGUGGUGGAUUCGGCGGUCGCGGCGGCCGUGGCCGUGGUGGUGGUGAGCGCGGUCGUGGCGGACGCGGUGGUGGUCGCGGUGGUUUCAAGAGCGGUGGCUCAGCUGAUUCCCCUGCCCCUUCUGAGAAGCCUGCUGCCUCUGGUGACGCCUAA